AUGCGAAUCGCGCCGCUGCCGCGCCAGUUAACUUCGGAUUCGUGUGCUCAAGCCUCAUCUUCUGACUACUCGAUCGCUGACUUCUCAGCCGACGCCCCACCAGCUCCAUUCCUCUACAACACCGCUGAGUUAAACGCACCGUGCAACGACUGGACCUCGUUGUCGGUGAUCUGCUUCGGCGUUUGUGAAUUGACCAUCCGCCGUCUUCGUUCGGCCGCUCCGUCCCGCAGCUGUGGCACAGUCGUCGACUGA